AUUUGCGAAGAACAUCGCCAAGGUGCUUUCUUACCGACUCAUAUGACAUGUCAGGUGACCGGUCGACCAUGUUGUAUCCAGAUGCAAGGACAGUGCCGCAUCGCAACACGAGAAUACUGCAAUUUCGUCAAAGGUCAUUUUCAUGAGAACGCUACCCUGUGCAGUCAGGUUAAUUGCUUCUCCGAUAUUUGUGGUAUGCUCCCGUUUGUACGAAAAGAUUAUCCAGAUCAAUUCUAUCGCAUGUUGUUUUCGCUAUUUCUUCACGCUGGCAUUAUCCACGUCGCUUUCACGGUUUUCGUUCAAAUGUGGUUGAUGGUUGAUCUUGAGAUGUUGAUAGGAUGGAAAAGGAUGGCGAUUCUCUAUAUAGGGUCUGGCAUCGGAGGAAAUAUUGCCAGUGCUAUCUUUGUUCCGUACAGUGUGAGUGACUUAUUCACCGCUUAUAUACACACCAGUCGGGCCGCCCGGCUAACGCCAGGCUUUCCUCCUUCUUAUGAUGUCGCGCGGCUUCGCCGGGCGGUCCUCGUUCCUGUAAGAAACUUGCUAAAUAACUCUUCACAUUCUCCUUUUACUUUGGAAGCUCUUCACCCUCAGUGUUAG